GGCACAUUCAAUGCUUCAAAAUUCAAAUAGUAAAACAAAAACAUCCCAUGUUGAAUUACUUUUUCCUUCGUCGAUACCUCCGUCCUCCGAGUAAAUCGAGCGAGCUUCGGAUAUACUCGACUGUAUAUCUGUCUAUACAGACCUACCGUAUGAAUUUAUAUGAGAUGAGCUUGGACCUCAAGCGUCUCAAGACUCAAGACUCGCGCGCUUCUCCCCGCUUUUCAAAUUCCAGACACUAUAGUACGCGGGUAUGAAUGCCUGCAUUCUAUCGGGGUAGGGAAAAACUAGGAAGAAAUUAAAAUGAAUUAAAAAGAAGAGAAAGGAAGUGAGAGGAAAAUAUAGAAAUAAAUUGCGAUAUCGUUCCCGUUCCCGCCUCACGUCUGCCCUGGCGUCUCUGAGUGUACAUGAAUGAGUUUCUCUACAAGCGUGCUCUCUCGGAAUGUUCCCGUGAAGCGACGAGGGCAGGGGAGGGGAGCGGGAGAAACCCGUACUAACUACUUGCAGGCAUGUCAAAGGGAGAUCGC